ACAUGGCGCGGCGGCCGGGCACGCUGGGCAGCGUUCUCUUCAGGCAGCAGAAAUGGAAAAGCUCUGUCUCCACACAAGCAAAAAUGCCUCCUUGUGAUUUUGUACCUGAAAAAUACAAAUCCUAUCCGUAUGAACGCAUGCAGAAGAUUCGGGAACAAAAUAUUGUUCCUUCACUGCGAAUGUAUUACAAGAAGCCAUUGUUGCUGCAUCAAGGGCAUAUGCAGUGGUUGUUUGAUUAUGAAGGACGAAGAUACCUUGAUCUCUUCGCUGGAAUUGUCACUGUCAGUGUUGGUCACUGUCACCCGAAGGUAACUAUGGCUACCCAGAAACAGCUUGCUCGCCUGUGGCACACCACUAAUAUCUACAUGCACCCAUCGAUCCACGAGUAUGCUGAAAAGCUGACUUCUCUUUUUCCAGAUCCACUGAAGGUGGUUUAUCUGACCAACAGCGGGUCAGAGGCCAAUGAUUUAGCCAUGUUCAUGGCAAGGCUACACACCCGUAACUUCGACAUCAUCUCUCUCAGAGGAGCCUACCACGGAGGCAGCCCUUAUACACUGGGUUUGACAUCUCUUGGUUCUUAUAAGCAUGGUGUUGCCAAUGGCUUUGGCUGUACAACAAUCUGUGCAAAGCUGCUUUUAAAUGGUCUGAAGCAGAACCUUCCUUGUAAUGAAAAGAAACCCUCUUUCAGCAAGACAGGAGAUAUAUCUACAAUGUUACCGGACGUUUUUCGUGGUCCAUGGGGAGGCAGUCGUUGUAGAGAUUCUCCAGUGCAAACUGUUCGAAAAUGCAGCUGUCCUGAAGGUGUAUGUCAUGCAAAAGACCAGUACAUUGAACAGUUCAAAGAUACUCUGAACACUUCAGUGCCUAAGACAGUAGCUGGAUUUAUUGCUGAACCAAUUCAAGGUGUUAAUGGAGCUGUUCAGUACCCAAGAAAUUUCUUAAAGGAAGCUUAUCGACUGAUACGGGAAAGAGGGGGCAUUUGUAUCGCAGAUGAAGUACAGACAGGAUUUGGACGGACAGGUAGCCAUUUCUGGGGAUUCCAAACACAUGAUGUAGUCCCUGAUAUGGUUACUUUGGCAAAAGGAAUUGGUAAUGGCUUCCCAAUGGCAGCUGUUGUUACAACCAAAGAGAUUGCAGAUUCCUUGGCAAAAAACCUUCACUUUAAUACAUUUGGAGGAAGCCCUCUGGCCUGCGUCGUUGGAGCUGCAGUUCUUGAUGCUAUUGAAGAAGGUGGUCUACAAAAGAACAGUGAGGAUGUGGGAACAUACAUGCUACUGGAGCUGGCUAAAAUAAGGGAUGAAUUCGAGAUUGUUGGAGAUGUUCGUGGCAAGGGACUUAUGAUUGGAGUAGAAAUGGUGACAGAUAAGGACAGUCGCUGCCCUCUUCCAGCUGAAGAAGUUGGUCAGAUCUGGGAGGACUGUAAAGACAUGGGGGUUCUGAUCGGCAGAGGAGGGCUCUACAAUCAGACAUUGAGAAUUAAGCCCCCUAUGUGCAUUACUAAAAAGGACGUCGACUUUGCUGUGGAAGUAUUCCGUACUGCUUUACAGAGACACAUGGAAAGAGCAGCUGCAAAGUAGAUUUGAUUUGUUUCCUUGCCUAGCUACACAUCUAUUAUGGCCUUAUCCAAGAACCCUGACUGGAUUAACUGAGUGUCAGAUGAAGACACAGAUAUAUAUUCUUCUUUCAUCUGUGACAGUCACAUUGAAAUUGGUCGUUUUUAGACAGAGUGACAGAAAGAGCCCCUCCAGUGACUCCAGUCUCUGUCAGAUUUUGCACAGUCUCUAGCUGAGAAUCACCCUAAGCAAAAGGAAACUGGAAGUUUCAGAGUUAAAACUAUGUACCCUGACUACAGGGAUACACUGUAAUUAGAGCAUUACUAGGAGUUUGCACAAAGUUGAAAUGUUUCUAAUUACAGUAAUUAUUUUUAUCAUGGGGAUUAGAAUCCAGUCAUCACCCUCUCCAAAAUACACUUUUCUUUUCCUCCUGCUGCUUUUGGGAUUGCACAGCACACCCAUUAAUCAUUUAGCAAAGGUGCAAACUCUGGCUGGUGAAAUAAAAUGUUGUUGCUUUCUUACAUAAUCACUGUUUUUAGUGUUUUAGUUCAUUGCUUACUUCAGUUUUCAAUAAAAAAAAAAAAAAAGUGGUAUGGACAGUCAGCAAGAACUGGACAUUUAUAAUUUCACUUCAAUUCAAACUUUAACAUUUGAAUAAUUCCUUGACUCAAUAAAGUACCACGUCAGCCUGGGGAGAAGAGUAUUCUUGGGGAGUCUGCUUUUUGUGAUAAAUUGAACCUUUAGAGGAACUUAAGUAACACAGUAUCAGUGCGUCUGGGAAUCUCCUUCUACAAGUUUCCUAAACAAUAUCCUAUAGCCCUUGCAGAGCACUGCUUUCUUCAACUGCAUUGACAACUCCCGUGUACAAUCCAAUUCCACUCCAAAAUCAGGUGUUUAUUAUCCCACCAUUUUUUCAAGUGCUACUCAAGAUCAGGUAGAUUAAGCAUUUAAACAUAAGUGCCAUGUUUCUUCAUUAGAAAUCAGAACAAAUUCAUUUGUUUAUGCCACUCAUUUUUUUCUCCCUCACUUAUUCCAGCAAGACUCUUCCACUAGACCAUUUUUCCAACACCUGCUGUGGAGGUAGAUGUACAAAACAAAUAGGAAUUGUCUAAAGUGAUUAAACAGCUUUGUCAUCUUAGUCUCUCCCUUCUGUCUGCUGCUUAAUGUAAUUUAAGUAAUUUAAGGAUGGCAGAAGAAAAGCCUGUGUUUCUCCAUGUCUUGGUUACGUUUCAUCUUUGAUAGAGGAUCAAAGAAGUACAGGCCCUGCUACUGGUUACGUGCACCCUGAGAUAAGCCUUCUCAAAAGACAAACAGCCAGACAAGUGUCAAAAUAAUUUAUUAUUUCCCAUCUGUGGGUACUUUAUCCAUGCAGGUUUCUACAGGAAUACAAGGUGAGUAGCUUUGAGUUAUUAUCCCCAUUCUCAGAGUGAAAGAUACUGCGAGGUUAAGUGGCCUUAACUGGAAGGAGCCCCUGCCUCGACCGUGCCACCAAACCACUCUGUGAUUAAAGAAAGGCUGAAAAACCCAAAAGAAAACACAGGUUCCUUCACAAGAUGGUAUUCCUUUUGUUGCAUCUUCAUUUUUUUCCCAAAUUGGUACCUGCUUGUUUUGUUAAACUCCAGACAUAGGCAAUGUGCAUGUUUCAGUUUUCAGAGAGUUUUAAUUUAUGAUGCUGAAGACUGUCAGUGUAGCAAAGUCCUAUCUGUUUUUGCGUUUCUCUUUUUUGCUUCUGGUGUUUACAGCUUCGUUUGCAACUGAUGUGGAUGUUGCUUUUGCAUGGUUUGUGGCUUUUAGGUGUUCAAACAAUUUAUUUCGGGAUGGAAAUGUACAGUUGCAGGUUACACAGAUGAUGGAAACUUCAUUCUGCAACGAUAAAAAACCCAGAAUGCUUCACAUUCAUAUCGAAUAUGUAAUAAGUGUAAUACACCAUAUGCAGUUUCUCUUAGACAAUGAAAUGUGAAUAAGUUCUUUGUUUCUAUCACCAAUACUGAUUAACAAAUAAAUAUAUGAAUUUUUUUUAAAA